GGAAAGUGUCUCGUCUCGUCGUUGCCGCAGCGUCCAGUAUCUCCAGCGACCUCAUCAGACAGCGGCGCAUUGGCUUUGUAUUGCGAGCGAGCAUCGGUUUUGGACUCCUCGCUCGUGCCGAGAUUGUCAAGCCUCAGCGAAGAGACGCGCCCUACAACCAGAGACGGCGAAGUGAGGCCGGGAAAUUCUGGAUUCGCCUGUGCCAUUUGCCUUGAUGACACUCUCGAAAACGCCGCUACAAGUGGUCAGUUCACGGCAUAUUGUGGUACAACUAGCGACCGGAACUCGAUGGUCGGAAGUUCUUCGAGAGUCAGUGGUGGAGGAGAGGGAAAUCCUGGAAGGAGUAGCACCGCAAAUUCUAUGUUUUUCCGCUUUUAUCCAUUGUUGAGGGUCCACGGAAGCCAUCUUCAAAAGCAUCCUCGGUCGCAGCUCUUCGCAAGCAGGGAGAGUUAGAAAGGCAAUUCUGCUCAUGACGAUGGAUUUCCGAUAGGUCUAACAUGGUCAACCGAGAUUUUCUCACAGGCACCAGACCACGUUUUUCAUUCCGACUGCGUGUGCAAGUACAUGCUUAAUCAGCGCCAGCGCCGCGGUGUUUUUCGGGUCCGAUGUCCCCUAUGCAAUGUCUCUGAGUGGAUUGCCACUGUGAAGAGUGGAGAGACGGACCUCUUUCAUGCGGGGGAAAGUGCCUCGGAUUUUCUUAGGUUUCGCGAUGCAGACCCCGUUACGGGAAGACUACUGCAUUUUAAGCUGCAGCCAGCAGAGGAGAUGACUGAGCAGUCUAAUGCUGUUGCAAGCGGCCGAUGGGUGCACGGGCAAGCGACACCAAGGCGACUUCAGAUCCCAUCAUCGGUGCCCAAAAAUUUCGAUAAUUUGACGACCCUCGGCCUCCAACCGAAUCGGGGAGGCGUGAACCCGGCUGCCGCCACUGAUGCCUUGGCGCGGCGCCCCCCAGUGGUCGCGAAACCCAUCCACAAGAGCUAG